UUUGGGGGGCGCCCCAAGCAGGGUUGGCGCUUCCUCUCGCGGCUGGCGACUCGUUGCCGCCCUUCCCCGGCCCCGCGCCUGCCGCGCGCUCCUUCGUCGUUUCAGGAUGGCCAGGAGUUCAGGAUUGUGAGCGGCUCGAUCCACUACUUCCGGUCCCUCCCCGAGCAGUGGCCCGCGCGCCUCCGCACCCUCCGCUCGUGCGGCCUCAACACCGUGACGACCUACGUGCCGUGGAACCUGCACGAGCCGACGCCGGGCCAGUACGACUUCAGCGGUCGGCUGGACAUCGUCCGCUUCAUCGAGGCCGCCCAGCAGGAGGGCUUUCUCGUCAUCGUCCGCCCGCCGCCCUACAUCUGCGCUGAGCUCGAGUUCGGCGGGUUGCCAGCGUGGCUCCUGAACGAGGAGGGCCUGCAGCUGCGCUGCUCCGAUCCCAAGUACCUGAAGCGUGUCGACAGCUUUCUCGACCACUUCCUCCCCAUGCUCGCCACCUACCAGUACUCUCGCGGUGGUCCGAUCAUCGCGAUGCAGGUGGAGAACGAGUACGGGAGCUACGGCAACGACCACCUCUACCUGCGCCACCUGGAGCUCAAGUUCCGCCAGCACCAGAUCGACGCCAUCCUCUUCUCCUCCAACGGGGCGGGCGAUCAGAUGUUUGUGGGCGGUGCGCUGCCGAGCCUGCUGCGCACCGUCAACUUCGGGACCGGGGCCGACGUCGAGGGGAACCUUAAGGUCCUCCGCAAGUACCAGCCCUCCGGCCCGCUCUUCGUCACCGAAUUCUGGGACGGAUGGUUUGACCACUGGGGCGAGGAGCACCACACGACGACGCCCACGCAGUCGAUGAAGACCCUGGAGGCCAUCCUCAGCAACAACGCCUCCGUCAACCUCUACAUGGCCUUCGGCGGCACCAACUUCGGCUUCACCAACGGCGCCAACAAGGGCUACGGCGAGACUGAUCCGUACCAGCCGACUACGACAAGCUACGACUACGACGCUCCCGUCAAUGAAUCGGGAGAUGCGACGCAAAAGUGCGCGACGUUCCGGGCGCUCAUCAGCCGCUUCAUCGGGGCGCCCCCCGUGCCCAUUCCGCCUCCCGCCCCCAAGCUCGCCUAUGGCUCGUUGGCGAUGACGCAAAGCGCGUUCCUGUUCGACGCGGCGGUGCUGCAGAGCGUGACGGCCCGCACCGUGGAGAGCGCCACCACGCUCCCCAUGGAAGCGCUCCACCAGAACUUCGGCUUCGUGCUCUACAGCGCCACCUUCGAUGGCCCGCUCAGCGACAAGCUCUUCGUGCAGGACCUGGCCGACCGCGCGCUCGUGUUCGUCGACGGGGCCUACAAGGGCGUGCUCCAGCGGUCGGCCACGCUACAGCUGAGCAUCUCGGCCGGCCCCGGCGCCCACAAGCUCGACCUCCUCGUCGAGAACAUGGGACGCAUCAACUUUGGGCCAUGGUUGGCGGACAGGAAGGGUAUUACGGAGGGCGUGCGGAUCGGAAGCCAGUUCCUGUACCACUGGACCAUGCGCGCACUCCCCUUCGACGACCUCACCCGUGUGCCGUUCGGUCAGCUGAGUGCGGCGCCGUUCGCCGGCCCGACCUUCUUCCGGGGCAACCUGCACAUCGCUUCGGCCGCGCAGCUCAACGACACCUUCCUUGAGCUCCCCGGGUAUUGGAAGAUUGGGCCGCAGCAAUCGCUGUAUGUGCCGGCCCCGCUGCUGCGCGUGGGCGACAACGAGGUGGUCGUGUUCGAGCUGCAUGGCACCAACAACAAUCGCGCGCCCAGCGUCGUAUUCACCAGCUUUGCCCGCUACGGUCGCGCCUGA